AUGAGAAUCAAAGCCUUUCCAACUCCAACAUUGAUUGAUACUGUUGUUGGAGGAAAUUCGUAUGGAGAUGGAGUGAGAGCAUUGGAUUCUGUGAUUGCAUCCACUUCAUUAUUCAUUUCUCCAUACUCUGGUAAUAUAUAUUUGGCCGAUAGAAACAAGAUUAGAAAAUAUAAUCCUCAGACUGGUUUGAUUACUGCUGUGGCUGGAACUGGAGCUAGUGGAAAUUCAGAUGAUGGAAUCAAAGCAACUCAAACAAUGUUCAAUACAGUCUCAUCCAUAGCAAGAACAAAAAGUGGAGAUAUUGUUUUUAUUGAAAGAUUUGCUUAUAAGAUCAAAGUGUUGAAAAGAAAUGGACGAUUGAUGACCAUUGCAGGUAUUGGAACAUCAGGGUUUUCAGGUGAUGGUGGAUUAGCAAUUAAUGCAAAAAUCAAUCCUUCCAAUGGUGACAUUGCCAUUUCUGAAGAGGGAGAUAUUUAUUUUGGAGAUAUUGGUAAUCAUAGAAUCAGAAAAAUCUUGACCAACGGUACCAUUGUAACAGUGGCAGGGACAGGUUCUUCUGGAUAUUCAGGUGAUGGAGGUUUGUCAAUUAAUGCCAAAUUAUUCAGCCCUUCUGGUAUUGCACUCUCCAAUACGAGUGAGUUAAUUAUAAUGGAUACCAACAACAACAGAAUUAGAAAAAUUCUCACUAAUGGUACUAUUAUCACAAUUGCUGGAGAUGGUACGGGAGGAUUUACAGGGGAUUCAGGACCCUCAACUUCUGCCAGAAUAUACAGACCUACAUCAGGAAAAUUCAAUUCUAAUGGCGAUUUGAUAUUUGCAGAUAGCUACAACUACAGACUCAGAAUUAUUUAUUCCAAUGGUACAAUAUCGACAAUUGCUGGAGUUGGCUCGCUCGGAUAUUCAGGAGACGGAGGAGAUGCAUUAUCGGCACAACUUAGUUAUCCCUCCAGUGUCGCAUUGUUUAAUGAUGAAAUUUAUUUUUUGGAUUCGAGUAAUAGGGCCAUUAGAAAGAUUAAUUCUAAUGGAAUUAUUUCAACAGUGGUCGGAAGUAGUGCAUCCACAUUUAUUGGUGAUGGCUAUGAUGCUAAAUUGGCUAGUAUAAAUUUAUUGGACUCAUUUUCCGUGAACAAUAAGACCAUUCUUUUGAAUGACUAUAGAUCUAUCAGAUACGUUUCUUCGGACGGAAAAAUAUCAACCAUUGCUGGUACUUUGAACAGUGGUGAUUAUUCUCCAGAUGGCACUUUAGCAAACAAUUCAAAACUCAAUCCUAGUUGUGUUUACAAUGGUGGUAACGAAUUUUUUGUCUGUGAUCAAGGUGCUUAUAUUAGAAGAAUUAAGAACAAUAUACUAGAUACCGUUGCUGGAUCCACUGAUAUUUUUACUGGCAAUGAAGGUCCUGCUAACACUUCAAUCCUAACAAGCGCCUUUGGAGUCACUGUUAAACCAUCCACAGAUGAAAUUUUUAUUGCUCAAACUUUAUCCUCCUCUUCCAUAAGAAGAGUAGAUUCGAGAGGAGUUAUUUCAGUAUACGCUGGCAUUAUGUACAACAGAUCUGUAUCCAAUGACGGAUUAUAUCGUCUCAAUACGGCAUUCAAGGAUCCAGUCAAGGUUGCAUUUGCUUCUAAUGGAGAUAUGUAUGUCUGUGAAUUUGGUAACAACAAAAUCAGAAAAAUUUCAGCGUUCACUGGAUUAGUUUCAACAUUUGCUGGUAAAGUAUCAGGAAGUGUUGUUGACGGUGAUUUGGCUACGAAUGCACUGCUAACAAGUCCCGUUUAUAUCACUGUGGCACCAAAUGACGAUGUGUAUAUUUCAGAAAGUGCUAGCAUUAAACGGAUUGAUGCAAGUUCAGGACGAAUAUAUAGGUAUGCAGGACUGUCAGGAAGCUCUAGUUCUGGAUAUUCAGGAGAUGGUGGCAGAGCUGUAAAUGCAAAACUUUAUACACCAGUGGGAAUCAAAAUGACUUCAAGUGGCGUGUUAUACAUUGCAGAUCAAUGGAAUCAUCGAAUUAGACAAGUUAAUGCCAGUGGUUUUAUCUCAACAAUCACAGGAACAGGAGAACGUAAUUUUACAGAUGGUGGACCGGCACUACAAGCAACCAUUAAUCGACCUCUUGGACUCGCUGUUUCUCCAAUUAAUGGUGAUGUUUAUUUUGUGGACUCUGGAAAUUUCAGAAUAAGAAAAUUCACACCAGGCGGAAACAUUUACACGGUUGCUGGUUGUGGAAGGAGUGGCUACAAAGGUGACGGCGCUUUGGCUAUCAAUGCUUGUUUGACAGGUCCAUAUGAUUUGGAAUUUCUUCCAAAUGGAGAGCUGUUGAUUAUCGAAGGAAAUAAUAGAAUUAGAAAAGUUGAUUUGAAUGGAAUUAUUACAUCCAUUGUUGGUGGUGUGGGAAAUGAGGCUAUUGCUGUAAAUGGCUCUGUUUUUCCAACUUCUCUCGAUAGAGAUGCUCAAGGGGCUUUUUAUAUUACAGAAAACGCAAGGAAUGACAUUAGGAAACUUGACCAAAACUAUUACAUACAUGCAUUUGCAGGAUCAACAAUGUCCGAUUAUGGUGCUGAGAAUGAGCAUCGUCUUGUUACUGAUUUCAUAAGCGUUAAAGAUAUAACUGUUGCAUUGAAUGGAGAGUUUUUGGUGAGUGAUGGAAAUCGCAUUAGGAAAAUUGACUCGAGCGGUCUUGUAACAACCAUUGCUGGUAAUAGAGUCUCAAAUUACUCAGGUGAUGGUGGAUUGGCAAUUAAUGCUCAACUCAGUACUCCUUAUAGUGCAGUCAUGGCAUCUAAUGGAGACAUUUACAUAUCUGACUCAAACAACAGAAGAAUUAGAAAAAUUGAUGGGAACACUGGAAUCAUUACAACAGUCGCGGGCAACGGCAACAGUGGAUAUAGUGGCGACUUUGGGUAUGCAUCCCAAGCAUUAAUAUCACAACCAACUUAUAUAAGAAUGGUGGAUAGUGAUGUGUACUUCAUAGACUAUACCAAUAAGGUAAUCAGAAGAAUUGCAACUGAAUGCCCUCGUUACUCCCAAGUCAAUCCAACUAAUGUCUCAGAUUGCAUUUGCUUACCUGGAUAUUACGGAGAGUUGUGUGAAGAUUUUGACUGUUUCGGAAUUAAUCAGGCCAAUGGAACAUCAUGCUCUGGAAAUGGUAUAUGUACUGCACCAGAUACAUGUCAGUGUGCAGAGACUUAUUAUGGUGUUGAGUGUGAAUCCUUUUAUUGCUUUGGAGUGUUGAAAAAUGAAACCAAUGUUUGUUCAGGACAUGGCCAAUGCGUUGAAUCUGACACGUGUGCUUGUGAAAAUGGGUAUCAAGGUCCACAAUGUGUACAUGUCUGCUUUGGUAUUGAUGCAACACAUUCACAGGUUUGUUCUGGAAAUGGACAAUGUGUUGGACCUGAUUUGUGCAAUUGUACUUCUUCUUAUUUUGUUGGAAACUAUUGCCAAAAUCCAAUUUCUUGUUUCGGAAUACCAUUCAAUGAUUCGAGUGUUUGUUCUGGAAAUGGACAAUGUAUUGAACCUGAUUUGUGCAAUUGCACUUCUCCUUAUUUUGGAUCUAAUUGCCAAAAUCUUCUUUCAUGUUUAGGAAUACUAUCCAACGAUUCGAGCGUUUGCUCUGGAAACGGACAAUGUGUUGGACUUGAUCAAUGUAAUUGUACUUCUCCUUAUUUUGUUGGAAACUAUUGCCAAAAUCCAAUUUCAUGUUUCGGAAUACCAUUCAAUGAUUCGAGUGUUUGCUCAGGGAAUGGACAAUGUGUUGGACCUGAUUUGUGCAAUUGUACUUCUUCUUAUUUUGUUGGAAAUUACUGCCAAAAUCCAAUUUCAUGCUUUGGAGUACCAUUCAAUGAUUCGAGAGUUUGUUCAGGAAAUGGACAAUGUAUUAAUCCUGAUUUGUGCAAUUGUACUUCCCCUUAUUUUGGAUCUAACUGCCAAAAUCUACUUUCAUGUUUUGGAAUACUAUUUAAUGCUCCAACAGUUUGCUCUGGACAUGGACAAUGUAUUGGAUCUGAUCAAUGUAAUUGUACUUCUCAUUAUUUUGAUGGAAACUAUUGCCAAAAUCCAAUUUCUUGUUUCGGAAUACCAUUCAAUGAUUCAAAUGUUUGUUCUGGAAAUGGACAAUGUGUUGGACCUGAUUUGUGCAAUUGUACUUCCCCUUACUUUGGGAACAACUGCCAAUCCUUACCAAGCUCUCUUUCAUGUUUUGGAAUUAGUUCAACAGAUCCCAAUGUUUGUUCAGGAAAUGGACAAUGUAUUGGUCUUGAUCAAUGUAAUUGUACUUCUCCUUAUUUUGUUGGAAAUUACUGCCAAAAUCCAAUUUCAUGUUUUGGAGUUCCAUUCAAUGAUUCAAAUGUUUGUUCAGGAAAUGGACAAUGUGUCAGACCUGAUCAAUGCAAUUGUACUUCCCCUUACUUUGGGAACAACUGCCAAUCCUUACCAAGCUCUCUUUCAUGUUUUGGAAUUAGUUCAACAGAUCCCAAUGUUUGUUCAGGAAGAGGACAGUGUAAUUCAACUGACCAUUGUAUCUGUACAUCUAUUUCAAAUGCUGCUGUACAUGGAAAUGCGUGCCAAAAUGUUCAAUGUUUACCAAAUUAUUAUGGCUCGUCUUGUGAACAAUAUUGUGAAUUCAGUACGAAUUGUUCUUCUCAUGGCGUAUGUUCAAACGAUGGAAGCAAUUGCACAUGCUUUUCAAAUUCAACUUCUGGAUUUUGGACUUCACCAAAUUGCUCCAUGUGUACGAGUGAAUAUUAUGGAGAAUUUUGUUUAACAAGAUUUAUUCCCAGCGUUAGAUUUAGUGACGAUGCUACCCAACUCUCGUUCAAAUUAUAUGCACCUUUUUAUUAUUCAUCCUUGAGUGUUACUUGCUCUCAUUUAGUGGAUUCAUCUAGUAUUAAUUUGGGAAGUAAUGCUGUUUGUACAUGGAAUGACAAGACCAAUGGUGAUUUUGUGAUUGUUUUGGGAAGAGAUCAUUCAGUUCAAGUUGGUUCUACAAUCAAGAUUAAUGUUCGUGUUUUUGAUAUGGUUCAUAGUAGUGAGUAUAUUCAAACAUUAGUGCUUGCACCACUCGUCAUUAUCAAACCAAUUGCAACCAUUACAACUGUGCCAACAGAAUACAGUUCAUGUGACCAAGUUGUCGUCCAAGGAUCAAGCAAUUCAUUAUUGGUGAAAUAUAACUGGACAAUUCUCUCUUCACCAGGGGUGUUGACGCAACAAAUGAUUGGUAUUACCAAUACCUCAAGUCUAGAAUUCAAUUCAAAUGCUCCAUCUGGAAGUUAUUCAGUUCAGCUAGUGGUGACAAAUUUUUUCAAUGUUGAAAGCGAUGCAGUCACGUUUAACUUUACAAAGAUAGCCUCUGCUAUUCCAAAAGUUGAAAUCUAUUAUUCCAACCAAAUGUACGUGAACGUAGACCGUAUGCCUGCGUACAUAUUGAAAUAUUUGACGUUCACAGGUUGUUCGCUCAACGAUACUUUUGAUUCAUCUGCAGUUUCUAUCGAGUGGAAACAAACUCAAGGCCCCCCAACCAAUUUUACACAAUUACCCAAUAACGAUUUGAUGAUCCAUUCAUUCUCCAACAACACUGCUCAAGAUUACAUAUUUGAAGCAACUUUGACCUAUUUCAACUCAUCAAAAUUCACAACUCGAGUUGAUAUUCAUACGCUGGAAGAAGAAUAUGACAUUGUUCUCUAUGAAUCAUCCAUUACAUCCACUCAAGCAACGAUCAAAGUGGAAACAAAUCCAUUUGAAAAAAUUGACUCUAUCAAUAGGUACGAAUGGGCUUGGAAUUGUGUCAAUUCAGAUGAUCAAACUCAGUGUGAUCAAUCCAUGUUGAAUUUCUUAUAUACUCAAGCUUCACUGAAAUCAACGAGUUUUGUUUUACCUCUUUCUGGAUCAAAGACAUCCAUAGAUUUGAGAUUGACUAUCAACAACAGAAUUGGAAAACUUUCAUUGAGAUUCCCUGAAGAUGAAACAGUUCCAGUGAUUAGUGUGCUGUCACUUUCUCCUACUAAAAGUUAUCUCACUACUUCUGAAGUUCUAAAUAUUCAAUUAUUGGUUAGUUUGAAUGGACAAGUUGAAGGAAUUAACUCGUUGCUGUCAAGAGAGUGGACCCUUAAUGGCCAAUCUAUUGCUCCAACCAUGUUAUUGGAUGGAUCUGACAUUAUCAAAUCCAACAAGAUUUUAUUGGAUAUUUCUAAAUUAACUCAAGGAUCAUCUCAUACAUUAACAUUUAGAGCAGCAACCUUACAUGGAAAGUCAACAAGUUACACCUAUUCAUUCUCAGUAGCUAUGAACCCAACACCUUGUUCAUGUUCAAUUUCACCAUCAAGCGGAUAUGCUCUAGAAACUGAGUUUACAAUUUCCUGUCCCAAUUGCCUACAAAGUGAGAAUAUCUUACAAAUCAGCUUUUUAGAUCGCAAAACUGGGUUGAAAAUUCCUCUGGUUGAAAUUAACAAUCCACAAUUUAAAACUUUGUUACCAUACACUGGUGAAUCUGAAUCUGUCACUCUCUAUUUUGUGAAUAAGAAUAUUCAAAGCAAUGCCAAAGCUGAAACAUCCAUCCGUACGAAUCUCGUUCUACCUUUGACAUAUUCGUUGACUGAAGCCAAAAAGAAAAAGAUAUUUUGGGAUGAAUGGUACAAGACACUUGCUUCUGGAGAUCCAAGAAAAACUGUGUUGGGAUAUAUUACCACAACCGUUGAUGCAAUGAUAAAAAAGAUAACAAGAAGGUCACAAGUCUCUAUUUCACCAGAUUGUGUUCAUGGUUUUUACGAUUCAGUGAUCAAUAUUUGUUUUUGUAAUGAAGGGUACAAGAAGAGUGAUUGCAGUAUGACAAUUUCUGAAUGGUUGGAAAAGUCAAACACAAAAUGGAAUACUUCAAAACUAAUUUUUGACGAAAUGAAAUUUAGAAAUGAGCUUGAACCUCAAAAUGAAAUCAAGCUUUCGUCACAAAUAUCUGAAAUGUAUCACUUAUUCGAAACGUAUGACGAAAUCAAUCAGGAAACACUUGACAUGGCUGUGGAAAUUUUCAAAAAGCAACUCAAAGAUGUUCUUAAAUUGCAAUCUUUAAUUCUAUCCAGCUCAUUGACAAAUGUCAUGAUUAGUACAUUGGAAUUAAUGGUCAAAGCAAGACUUUCUCUUACCACAAACGUCACUUUAGAUUUAUACAAUGACAUUUUAUCCAUGAGUGAAGAUUUAUCAAGCAUUCAAUUGAGAAAUCAAUUUUCAUCGAAAAUUCAAACUAACCUUUUCACUCUCGUUGCUAGAAAAGCGUAUCCAUCAGAGUUGUCAGACAUGAGCAUUUCAUACAAUGGUGACAAUGAUACUGUCCAUUAUCCUAUUUGGAUGACCAAGUAUUUUGAUCGCCUUGAUUUGAGAAAACAGGUCUUUUGCAAAGUGAUCAGAAAAUCAGUUCCAUCCACAAUUACUGAAUCCCAUGCAAUGAGUGCUCAAUCGGAAAUUUACACAACAUUGAAAAGUGCCACCUACACUCUUUCAUCUCAAAUUGUGAAUCAAAAUGUAACAAUUCCAUCAAGUGAUAAGGUAGUGUCCUAUUCAUUCUAUUUUGUUAGAAGCAAUUCAGAUUCAACAAAUAUAACAACUGAAGGAAAUGUUGUCAAGAAUGAAACCAUCUCUUCAGAAAUGAUUUGUCAAAGUGACAUUCCUUGUAACGUUGAAAGUUUGGGGAAUAAUUACUAUAGGUGUCAAUGUGCACAAUCCACUCAAGUUACACUUGUCGAGAAAACAACAAGAUCAAUCACCAUCCAGCAGCAACCACCACAACCACCACAAGUUGAGAGUUCUAAUCUUGCCUUUAUUGGUUUCUUGGCAUUCCUGAUACCUGUUGCUGUCGUUGUGAGUGUUGUCGCAGGAUUAUCAUUUUGUCGCAUUUGCAGGAGAAGAAGGAAAAAGCCCACUUUGAGCACCAACACCGACCACAGUGUUCCACAAAUAGAGCUCAGUGCAUUCAGCACUGUUUAA